AUGGAUCAAAACAGAAGCGAAGAGAGAGGUGAGAUACCGGGUCCGGUUCAUGAAUGGGUAUAUGGGAAUUUGAGUCAUUUUGUUGAAGGGGUAGUUAUUGAUGCAGUAGAUGGGAACAACAUGGGCGGCAGAGUUGGUAUAAGUGGAGAAGCUGGAACUUCAGGAGAGGUAGGUAAGGAUUUAGUACCUGAUAAGGAGCUAAAGGAGGGGCUUCAGGAAGUUAAGGGUCAGGACAAGCACGAUCAAGAAAAUAUCAGUGAUAAUGAAUUGCUUGGGGUUGAUCAGGGAACUUGCUAUAAGUCAAACCAUUUGGUUAAUCAGGAAGUGAUUGAAACUGUGGUUGUAAUUGAUUCUUUUGAGACUGAGUAUGUCAAUGGGGAUAUUAGGAAAUUGGAAGCAAAAGUUAAUGAAUCAGGGUUGAACUUGGCAUCCAUGAAAGCACCAGAAGGGGCGUCUGAAACUGAUCAUUCAUGUGUGAUUGAUAUAAAUUGCAGAAGCCGCAAAAAGGUUUGCGAGAAUUCUGAAGGUGAACUGAUUUGUAGGAUUUGCCAUCUGGCUUCGAUGCAGCCAUCGGAUGAAAGUGAAACAACUGUUGGCCCUGCUAGUAGUGCUACGAAUCCAGAUUUGAUUCAUCUUGGUUGUGCAUGUAAAGAUGAGCUAGGCAUUGCACAUGUUCAUUGUGCUGAAGCGUGGUUCAGACUUAAGGGGACCAGGUUAUGUGAAAUAUGUGGUGAGACUGCGGCAAAUGUUUUGGGUGUUACUAAUUAUGGAUUUAUGGAAAAGUGGAAUGAAAGAAGGUUCAGGGACGACGGUGGCAACUCAUCCCGCAGGUUUGGUGGAUGCUGGCGAGGACAGCCAUUUUGUAAUUUCUUGAUGGCAUGCCUGGUAAUUGCAUUUGUUCUGCCAUGGUUUUUUCAUGUAAAUAUGUUCUAG